UUUCGUAAAUCUAAGUUUUAUACCGAAAGAUGCUACACAUAUCCUUGGAACAGAAUGUGACGUUCGAGUUGUAAGUUCAAAGGAAUCAAAUGGUACUAUAUCCUCUCCAGGUUACCAUAGCAACGUUCCAGCAAAUGUGACCUGCCAUUAUUAUAUUGAUGGUUUGAUGGAUAAACAAAACUUAGAAAAGGCUCGCAUUAAAUUUAUGGACUUUGACAUUCCUGGUUCUAUGCCAUAUUGUAUGCUUGGUUACUUGGCGGUGAACCUCAAGGGACAAAUAAGGUCCAAGAAAUAUCAUGAUAAGUUCUGUGGAGAGCUGUUACCUCCAGAGCUAACCAGCGAAAACCCACGCUUAGUACUCAUUCUGAACACUCAUGGGGCUGUUCGAGGUAGAGGAUUUCUGGCACGCUAUGAAUUCAUCACUGAUUAUAACAUCCCAGGCGAAGCAAUCAAAGAUGGUGUGUGCAGUUUUUUGUAUGAUAGUAAGAAAACUAAAGAGGGAUCAUUCAAUUCCCCUCGACAUCCUGGCCUUUAUUUUAUCAACCUUGAUUGUAUUUAUAUUUUCCGAGGAAAACGAGAUGAGAAGAUUGCAAUUUCCUUUGAGGUAUUCAAUUUACCCAACAAUGAUCCUUUGACUUGUAAAGCAACAGAUUAUUUAGAAAUUUACCAACAGCUAGAAGGACCUAACAACUAUUCUGUAAUCCGACGUUACUGUGGAAAAAACAAUCCUGGUCCAAUCCUAACCGAGAAAGGAGUGAAGAUUUUGUUUCACUCUGAUGACGAUGGAACAGACAUGGGUUUCCGUGCCAGAUACAAAUUUAUUCGAAAAGAUGAAGUAAAUAAAGAUACAGAUUGCAGCAACACUGAAUUAGUCAAUGAUAGAUGGGGAGGUUUAAUCCAGAGUCCAGAAUAUCCUUUAAAAUAUAAACCAGUUACACAUUGUGAAUGGCAAAUCCAAGCAUCUUCAAACAACAGUAAAAUUUUACUUCAGUUUACAGUUUUUAAAUUAGAAGGCCCAAGUAGUCCAGACCAAAAGGAAAACAAUGAAGGUUGCCCUCAUGCAGUGGUAAGAAUAUACUCCAACUCUCAUGCAAUUAAGCCAGAUCAGGAGCUCUGUGGUUCAUGGAAACAAGGAUAUUCCUAUGUAGUAAAAUCCCACGCCAUAAAAUUGAGUUUCCUAAGUUCUAGUCGGUCACUUGGUGCAAAAGGCUUUCGGCUAUCUUGGACAGAAAUUAGAGGAUCGGGAAAAUGUGAUGGCUUCAAGUGUGUUAAUAAUGGGUACUGCAUUGCACCACAGUUAAAGUGUAAUAAUCUUCCAAAUUGUGGGACAAAAGAUAACUCAGAUGAAAGUACAGAAGCUGCACAAUGUCCUGCAACAGGGAGUAUACAAAUUCUCCAUAUAGCUGUAGGGACAUCUAUAUCAUCAUUCUUCUGUAUAAUUUUGGUGAUAUGUGGAUUUUAUCAUCGGAAAAAAUUUGGCGACCGCAAGCCACCUGAACAAGAUCAUGUGGAAGUUCGUUAUGUGUCCUCAUCAGGAUGUAAUACAACUGACAGACUCCUAACACAGGAGAGCCCUAAGUGUCAAAGGAUCUCUAUUGUAUGACUAAUGUUAAUGUUAGCUGUUACACAAAACCAACACGACAACCUUGUGAUUGAAUUCCACAGGAUCUGGGCAGUGAUUGCAUUGGCAAUGAUGAUGAUGUUGGAAAGGAAGGUCGUUUACACUGAUACCACUUCUGUUAAUCUCCCUUUUACUUCAGACUUGGAGCUACUUCCAGCUAAACCUUUCAGAACAGCGAAAAAUAUAGCAUUCGUGGUCAGUACUACUAACGUCAAUGCCACCACCACCACCACCACCACCAUCAAUCAGGCCAUCUGGUAUACUAUGUUAUUAUGUACUGGAAUACUAAAUACAUCAACAGUUUGUUGUACACAGGCUGUGAAAAUGAAACUGGGCCAUUUUUUUCAUCAACAUUGGCGUUGUGGACAAUCACUUUCUUGUUGAAAAAAUCCUAUUAGUGGUGGACACUGCAGAUAUGAAAGAACAUUUCAAACUAGCCAAUCAAGAUGUAGGCCAUGUGACAAACCCCUACCCCCUUAAAAUAAAAAAAAAGAUAUCACAAAAGAGAGAUAAAAACAGCAACAAAACUUCUUUUUUUUUUAAUUAUAUGACUGCUUUUGUAGUCAAUGACAUUUCUGACUUCAACGAGAACAGAAGGGAAAAAGAAUCAGGAGAAAUGAUAUAGAAAACAUUAAAAUUGUCAUAUAUAUAUAUAUAUAUAUAUAUAUAUACAUAUAUAUAUAUACAUACACAUACACACACACACACAGAUGUUAUGUCUAACCACAAUAUUUGAAAGAGGAGAAUAUGUUAAACGAUAACUGGGAA